AUGGCUCAAAGUCUCGAAGGAAAGAUUGCCAUUGUGACCGGCUCCUCAGGCGGAAUCGGUCGCGCGAUUUCGCUGAAGCUCUCCAGUGCAGGGUGCGUUGUUAUCUGCGCGGACAUUCAUGAGACAGCCAAAGAGGAUACAUUGUCGACACAUGAGGCGGUCGUCUCGCAAGGAGGGACUGCUGAGUUUGUCAAGGUGGAUGUUACGGAUGCGGCGCAAGUGGAGAAUGUGGUUAGGCACGCCGUCGAGAAGUUUGGAAGGUUGGAUAUAAUGAUAAACAAUGCCGGCGUCGCCCUCGAAUCCAGCAACCCAAAACCUAUCUGGGACUUCUCGCAGGAAGUCUGGGACAAGGACAUCGCUGUAAACUCCACGGGCGUCUUUCUCGGCUGCAAAUACGCCUCGGCACAAAUGAUCAAGCAGCAGCCUCUACCCUGUGGAGAUCGAGGCUGGAUCCUCAAUAUCGCGAGUAUCUUUGGACUUCAGGGAUCGAUGUACGUUGCGGGCUAUGUGGCGUCCAAGCACGCGGUUAUGGGUGUUACGAGGGCGGCGGCGAUGGACUGUGCGUCGCAGAGGAUUCAUGUUAAUGCGCUUUGUCCGGGGUAUACAGAUACCGCAUUUAUAUCAUCAUUAACCCCCGAACAACGCGCCGUCGUGCAGCAAAAGCACCCGUUUCGCGGUCUAGGAAAACCAGAAGACGUAGCCAAUGCCGCUCUGUUUCUCGUCUCGGAGGAAAGUACAUGGAUAAGUGGAGUUGGGCUGCCAGUUGAUGGCGGGUAUACCGCGUUAUAA